AUGGACCUGCUAACCCAGCUCGACGGCGACAUCGAUCUGCUGCUCAAGAUCAUGUCGUCCUCGGUCGCAUUCAUCUCUCGCAAGGCCCAGCACACGCCCCUCCCCUCUUCCUCGAUUCCGCUCUCUGUCCUCGGCAAGACGGAAGCCAUCAGCCCCACCGAGAUGGACGAAGCGAUCGCCGAGCUCGUCUCGGACUUGAUAGAAAAAGCCGACUCCAUCCGCAGCAUCAUCCACCACCUGCCCACCGCACAGGAUCUGGCGACGGAUACGCAGCUCCAGACGCAGCUCGACCAGAUCCAAUACGACAUGCAACGCGCGAACCACGAGUACGAGCAGGCCGUACACAUGGCAAACGAGCUGAGAAAAGAGGUCAAGGCGUUGUUGCAGGUCGUGGCGGAUACGCAUAGCGCUUCAAGAGCAUGGCUUGUGCACGAAUUGCAACCAUAA